AUGCUGGAGCUGAUGAAGCAAAGAGAGGAGUCAAUGACUCAACGAGCUAUGGAGAUGUCCGCGACAGUGGAGCGGGUCAUGGCCGACGCAAAGAACGCCGAGCAGCAGCACCGAGUCGAGGCAGAGACAGCACUGCGAAAGCUGGAGGAGCAGCGCGAAGCAGAGCGCCUCAAAUUCGAGCGCGAGCUGGAGCGGAGGACGAAGGAGCUCGAGCGUGACAAGAAGCGCAAGGAGCUCGAGAUGAAGGCCCGCGCGUCUCGGCGUGAGCAAGAGCUGAAGGAAGAGGUACUUCAGAUGAAGCGCCCGCCUGAGGUCAAUGCGACAUGUGUGAAUCUCCGAAUCGGUUUCAUUGCUAAGAGUGCUAUGCUGUAA